AUGAUUGAUCGGAAUCUUAUGAAACUAAUGAGUAAAAAACCAUUAUUUUUACUACGUCUAGUUGAUACAAAAUUAUACCAUCGUGAGUAUCUUCCAACAGAUUUACAACUAUUUAUUACUGAUAAUAACGAUCUUCAAGAUAUGUGGAAACCACAAUUGUUAAUCUUAAAUUAUCGAUCAAAAUUUGAAUGUAAAGUUUUAUACUCUUCCAAUUUACCAUCGUUUACCUCUUAUUCAUGUGUAUCGGCUAAAUUAGCUGAAGAAAUUUUAUACUAUCAGUCAGAGAAAAUACUAGUAUCAUUACAACAAUUUCCAAUUUUAUGUUCAAAUGAAAUGGUGAGUCCUGUUUCAGCAACAUAUGAUCAAACAUUAAUCAAUGGUUUAGAACUAUUACCCAGUUUAGAUAUUCCUGUACAUACACGCCAUUUAGCAAAUUUAUUAGGUGUUUGUAUUGAAAUCAAUUUAAAAUCUUGUUUGACUGUAUACAGAAGAACAGACGUAAUUGCUAUUUUACAACUGAUGAGCUUAGAUAAAAGUAAUUUUUAUCAAAUAAGUGAUUGUACAAUAAUCUUAACUGAAAUGGGAAGAGAAAAUGUUUCGAUUUUAUUACAGUAUUUGGAAACAUUGCUAUUAUCAACGAUCUUAAAAUAUCAUCCAGAACUGUGUCAAAUAGUCAAUCAACGGAAUAUGAAUGCACCAUAUGGUAGUAAAGAUGAUUGGAAUUGGCGAUUUCAAUUAAUGGCAUCACAUACAGAACUAAAAGCACUAUUGCCUACUCAAAGUGAAAUAAACAGAAUAAAAUAUUAUACGUAUGAAAUGACUUCGCUUGAUGAAAAAUGUUUUAUUCCAUCGCUAACUGUUGAUCAACAACUUGUUGCCAGUCCAAUAAAUAUUGUUUAUUCUUGUUCAGAAUUAAAUUUAAUUCAAAAUUUUGUAAAAGAUAAUAGUAUUCGUCGAUUCAUCUCUCCAAUUAUAACAAAAUAUUGUCCAUUAUUAAUGGCAUCAUUAAAUGUCGAUUAUGUUGAGAGACGAGGAUUAAUAGCAUGGAGUCAUGCAGUAAAUAAUCUUGAAUACACAUUGCAACAAUUAACAAAAAUAUUUCAAGAAACAUUAAAAGACAAUACAUUACAAGUGAUUGGAGCUAGUUAUACUUCAAUUUGUCAUUGUUUAUCGGACAGUACUGUACUAACUGUUGAUAACGUCGAUUACGUUAGUACUGUUGAUCGAUAUUACUUAGAAAUCGAUUAUCCAUUUUGGAUAUUUAAUAAUACAAUCGUUUUAUGUAGUAGAUUUAUCCAAGAUAUUCAAGGAAAAGCAACUGUUGCGGUUUCAGCACUAACCACUCUGUUGCACAAACGAAAUCAUUUAUUGUUAGACGAAGCAAAAAAUCCAAUUUCACUUGGAAAGCAUUUUGGCACCGAUACAACAGAUAAUGGCAGUCUAUUUGACGAAACUGAACAAAGAAAAAUUAAUUGCCAUCCAAAAACUAAUCAUGUAAAAAUUGAUUUUGUUGCUGAGGAUCAGGUAUACCAAGCCCGUGCUCAAGAUUUAGUAAUAAAACUAGAACAAAAACAAAAACAAUCCGAACAUCAGCUAAAAACAUUGAGUAAUGGACUAUUGUUUAACACCAAUCAAGAACAUUUAGCGAUGCCCAUGAUUUUUGACUCAACCGAACAAGAACACAUUGGUCAUUGUGCAGAACAUUUCUUUUAUCGGUAUUUGGAACAGCUAUAUGGGGCUGAUAUAACACCGACAAAUAACUAG